UUGCUAGUUCUCAAUUUUUAUUACCAAUCAAAUUGGUUCAACGAUCAUCAUACUUAUCAAUAUAGUUUUUGGUAGGUUUUUUGUAGAAAAAUUUAAAGAAAAUUCGGUGGGUACUGUAACUUUUGGAAAAUUCUUCGAAGUUAUUUUGUCAUCUCAAAAACCCUUUUUUGUAAUUUUUCUGAAAUUUUUACAGUAAAAAUUAGUUAUAGUCAGAAACUCUGAAAACAGAAUGAAUAAAUUUCAGGAAAGUCACCCCAAUUGUUUUUCUCGUUUUUGUCUCAUUUUUGAAAGGUGAAACAACGGGUGGAUAUGCUUUGAUUUUUGGAGCAAUUGGUGAUUGGAUUAUUGGAAUUCGCGCAGAUGGAAUUAUUCCGGGAGCUUUUGCUUUUGGAAUUGGACAUUUUUUAUAUAUGGUAUUAAUUUUCAUAAAUUCAGAACAUUAAUUAUUUUCUUGUUUUUUUUCAGAAACUUCUCUCUCAACAUUCUACACGUAUUCAUAAUCCAUUUCAAUUUUUAAUGCUUCUUUGGGCUGUUUUUGUUGUCAAAUAUUGUUAUUUACCACUUUUACCAGAGCAUAAGGUAAGAAAAGAAAAAUUCAUUUUAAGUUUUUAUAAAAACUUUAUAGAAUAAUCUUUCAGAUUCCUGUUGCUGUAUUUUCAAUUUAUUCAUUAGCUUUAUCGCGUGUUACUUUGGUUGCUGUUUCACAAUAUUUGAAUCAAUCAAAAACUUUGAACAAAUCGGUAAAAUAUUUAUUUUUUUCAUUUAAAUUAAACUGGAAUUAUCUAUUUUCAGGCUGCGAUUCACCGUGCAAUUGGUUUUCUUUUAUUUUAUAUUUCGGAUUCUUUCAUAAUUUUGACACAUGUUGGAAUUUGGACAUUUUACAGUAAUCAAUUAGUAUUGUCAACUUAUUAUCUCGCACAAUUUUUGAUUUUGUUCGGAAAUCUGGCAGCCAAAAAUCAGGAUAUUAAAGUUGAAUAA